AUGGCGACGCUUAAUGACAUACCAGAAGGAUUGUUGUUGAAGAUUUUUACAGCGCAACCAGUGAAAUCCCUGUUGCGCUUAACAAGUGUUUGCAAAUUAUGGUAUCAACUCAUUAACAGUGACUUCUUUGUGAAAUCACAUCUCGCAUAUCAAAAAUCAUCCUUAUUCACAAACAAAACUCUUUUUAUCCGUCAUAGAGGUUCCUACUCGACAAAUCUCGUCGAUGGCGAACCGUCUAACAAUGUUUUCGAAUCUCAUGGAUAUGACAUGCUGCCUGUCCAUAGCGAAUUUAAUCCCAAUGUUCGUUUAAGGUGUUACGGAAUUUGUGAUGGGUUGGUAUGUUUGUCGCAUGGUGUAGGCAAGUUACGUGCCUGCUGUCCCGUUUAUUUAUGGAAUCCCGGAGUCAGAAGAGUUUUAGUACUUCCUCCGAUGGUUAAUGACCCCGAUCAACGGGUUUUUAAUUAUUCUUAUUUGUGUUUCGGACAACAUGAGGGGGAUUACAAGGUAAUCAGUGUUGUUCCUAUGGGUGGGGUGUACAAAGUUUAUGUCUACAGUCUGAACCAGGACAGCUGGGAUUUGCUAGAAUUUUACGACGAAAGUAAACAGACCAGUAACUUUGAUAUCUGGCCACACGUGUGGGCCAGGUUUGUCAAUGGCGCUGCAUAUUUCGUGUCAGGAUUCAGCAGACCAAAUAGGGGAAUUGUGUGUUUUGAUCUGAGUCGUAAGGUCAUCAGACGAAUGAAUUUGCCUCACAAUGACUUCUGUGUCUACAAUUUUUUAAUGGAAGAAUACCAGGGCUCUAUAGCUCUGAUAGAGAAUGACGGCGAUGAUCAUCAGGUGGACGUGUGGGAAUUGAGAGCGAAUGGCAACGACAACUCCUAUCUAUGGAAUAAGAAGUUAAGUAUGACACCCGAAACAAUGGAUACAGCUAUGGGAAUGGGAACACAUUUGGGGGCUUUUGGUUUCGUCAACAAGGACAAAGUUGUGCUCUGGAUGACUGGUGGUACCUAUUCAGGUUAUAAGUAUUUCCUGCUUAAUCUUGAGAACAAAUCUGUACAACCAUUUACAAUUCCAGAGAGAUAUUUCGGUCAGUUGGACAGACACGUAAAUGUAUUAUAUGAUCUGACAGAGAGUCUUGUUCUACUCGCCAAAAAUACCACUUAA